AUGGGGAACAUCCUGGAGGAGAUCGCGGCGCAGCGCCGCCUGGACGUGGAGGCCGCCAAGCAGGUCGUGUCGGCGGAGCAGCUGACCAAGAAGAUCGAGAGCGCGGAGGCCGUCUACGGCCCGGCGCUGCCCGUGCUCGACCGUCUGAACGCGCCCGCGAAGGAGGGAUGGUCGGACAUUGCGCUGGCCGCCGAGUUCAAGCGCGCGAGCCCCAGCAAGGGAGACAUCGCCACGGAGCUCAACCUCCAGGAACAAGUGAAGGCCUACGCGGACGCAGGCGCCAGCAUGAUCUCCGUGCUGACGGAGCCCAAGUGGUUCAAGGGCUCGCUUGAGGACAUGCAGGCGGCCAGGGACGUCGUGGAGGGGAUGAGCGCGCGCCCCGCCAUCCUGCGCAAGGACUUCAUCAUCGACGUGUACCAGCUGCUGGAGGCCCGCGCCUACGGUGCCGACUGCGUGCUGCUCAUCGUGGCGCUGCUGUCCCAGGAGCAGCUCAACGAGCUCAUUGAGGUGACCCACAAGCUCGGCAUGUGCGCCCUGGUGGAGGUGAACAGCGUCAAGGAGCUGGAUAUCGCGCUGGCUGCCCGCGCCAGGCUGAUCGGAGUCAACAACCGCGACCUCCGCACGUUUAAGGUGGACCUCAACACGACGGCCCGCGUCGCGGACGCCAUUCGUGAGCGCGGUCUCUCACUCGGACGCGAUGGCGUCACGCUCUUCGCGCUGAGCGGCAUUCGCUCGCACGCGGACGUCGUCAAGUACGAGAAGUGCGGCGCCCGCGGCAUCUUGGUCGGCGAGUUCUUGAUGAAGAGCGGAGACGUUGCCACGACGGUGAAGGACCUCCUGCAGGCUGUGACGCACCACUCGGAGCUGGGCGACCUCCCUCUGCUCCCGCCGCUCGCGAAGGUGUGUGGUGUCACGACUGUGGAGUAUGCUCUGGCGGCUCUGCGUAAUGGCGCCAACAUGAUCGGAAUCAUCAUGGCGGAGCACUCGCCUCGCUACGUCCAGGCGGAGCAAGCUAAGGCAAUUGCGAAGGCUGUGCGCGAAUACGGCGAGCGCGCGGGCCCGAUCCUUCCCGAGAUCCUGGAGGCCAACCUCGACGGCCAAAACGACUGGUUCCACAGGAACGUGUUGGCUCUCCGUGAGGCGUGCUCGCGUGCACCUCUGGUGGUUGGUGUGUUCGCCAAUAAGACGGCCGCUGAGAUGAACGCGGCAGCGGAAGAUAUUGGGCUGGACCUGGUGCAGCUGCACGGCGACGAGGGCUUUGAGAUCUGCAAGGACAUCAAGUACCCCACCAUUCGCGCCCUGCACCUACCGGACACCGCGCUGAGUGACGGCGUGGACGCGGAGGCUGUGCUGCAGCAGGUGCACGAGGGUCUCGCCAACUACAUUCUGCUCGACACGACGAUGAAGGGCCAGCAGGGCGGCACCGGCGUCACCUUCGACUGGAAGAUCGCGGCCAUCUUCGCGCACGCACGGAUUCCGUGUCUGAUGGCCGGCGGCCUGACUCCGGAGAAUGUUGUGAAGGCCCUCUCGGUCGGCCACCCUGUGGGCGUGGACGUUAGCAGCGGCGUGGAGGUGAAGGGCUCCCCUGGCGUGAAGGACCUGGACAAGGUGGCUGCCUUCUUGAAGGCCGUGAAGGACUACCUGUCCGUGGCUGCGCUCAAGAUCGACGAGGAGAAGGAGACGUAGAGAAGUCACAGAAAUACCUGGACAAAAGACAUGUCUUCAGCGUG